UCGGGUACUGACAGAUGGCGGUGUGAACUCGCGGCCUGCUGCUGCUCUUCCUGUAUGCGCGAGGAUCCCGCGAACAUCACUCGAACAUUCGACACUGUUGGUUUGGCGCGAGCGGCUGGCGGGAAAAAGUGUAAGUUAAGUUGUGAUGGCCAAGCGGAUCGCAGAGAAAGAGUUGACGGACAGGAACUGGGACCAGGAAGAUGAAAAUGAGGAGGCAGGAAUGUUUUCUCUAGCAAGUGAAGAUGUGAUAAAGAAUCGUUCCAUCAAGAAGGCCAAGCGUCGUAAUACAGGUUCAGAGGGAGAGAGCGGAGGAGCUUUUAAAGCCUUCAAGGGAUUCUCGCUCACCCCGGGAGGAGGGACGCCAUCAUUCUCGGGCUUUGGUAACGGCGCUGGGUUCAAGCCUCUGUCCGGUCUGACCAAUGGCAGCGUGGCUUCAGUCGCUCCAUCUUUCGCAGGGUUUAACUCAUCCACGCCAGCUAAGACCAACAGCGGUCUCUCAACAUUCAUCAGCUCUAAACCCACAGACGGUGAUGUCACCUCUAAUGGCUCCGCCUCCAGCAGUGGCAGUAAAGAAUACAAUCGCCAGCUCACCGCACUCAACUGUUCAGUGCGCGACUGGAUCACCAAACACGUCAACGACAACCCCCUGUGUGACCUUAACCCCAUCUUUCGUGACUACGAGCGACACUUGGCAAGCAUCGACAAGAAAUACGGCAGCGGCACGUCGGACGGCGCAGGAGAGAGCACGUCUUUUGGAGGGGAACAGAAGCGGCUUCAGUCGAGCGCUGCGUCAGUUUCUGUCGCGGGGGAUUCCAGCAGCAGCGCAGCACCUUCGCUCUUCUCGUUUAAAGGGAAAGACGCUGCAGCUGCAGAGAAACCUGAGGCGCGUGCUGCCGUUCCUCCGGGUGUCUCCUUUAAGUUUGGACAGAAGGUGGACAGCUCUGUCCUCAGCUCACUCGGGUCCAGCGGUGCUCCGUCUUUCUCCUUCUCGUCAUCUUCGUCGUCAGGCACGUCUGCGUUCGGAGCAGCUGCUCCUGCGGUUUCAACUUCUGUCAGCGCAGCCAGCAACAGCCAAACUGCAGAUGAAAACGGUGAGGAGUCAGACGAGCCCCCUGUUCCUGUGGUUAAAGAGAUCAAGGAGAAAGACGCCUUCUACUCCAAAAAAUGCAAGUUGUUUUAUAAGAAAGACAGCGAGUUUAAAGAAAAGGGGGUGGGAACGCUGCAUCUGAAGAUGGUUACUGAUGGCAAACUUCAGCUGUUAGUUCGAGCAGAUACCAACUUGGGGAACAUCUUGCUGAACAUCAUGGUGCCCUCCUCCAUGCCUUGCUCACGAACUGGCAAAAACAAUGUGAUGGUGGUGUGUGUGCCAAACCCUCCCGUGGACGAGAAGAACCCCAGCACGCCCGUUCCCGUGCUCAUACGCGUCAAAACAUCAGAGGACGCAGACGAGCUUCAUCAGAUCCUCCAGGACAAGAAAGCCUGAAGCGUCCGUGCUCAUGUUUAUAAGCGUUUAGGACUAAACUUGGUUCGCACGACCACGGUUACAUUAUACACGCGUAACCGAGUUCACUCGAUCUGUCCGAGCUCAAAGCGUUCUUUUAUGUCCAGUUUAAUCAUCUGUAAGUGUGAAACAAAUCGGCUCACGUACUGUGAAAUCACUUGUGGUCCUACUGUAAACGCUGUUCAUCGCAUCAGUUUCUCUUUUGUUAUAACAAAGACACGAGUCUGGAUCUAUCAACAUUCCUUGGAGUUUUAAUUGAGCUGCUAUUUAAGGAAUUAUCCGAGGAUAAGACAGUUUUAUGUGGGAUGGUUUAUUUUUAAUUCAUCUGUAAGUAAGGGAUGUGUUGCGUACGGGUUUCCAUACUUGCACAUGUUGAUAAAGAGCCGUCAUUUAGUGCUCAGUAUUAAACAUUAAACAUGCUGAAAUCUUCAGUUGCCUCUUUAAGUUUUUAUUUUUUCAAGAACAAAAUGAUGCAUGGAAAGAUUUUCGUUGCAACCUCAUGAAAGAUCAUUACGGGGAUCAGAUGUUGUUUUGUAUUUGUCUGAAUGUUUAUUCAGGAUGAAGAGUUUGUGUCAUCCAAACCGUAUGAUGUCCAUGAUGAGCCCUUAAUGAUCUGUGUAAAUGAGUAGUUUUGCUUUUUGAACUUUUUACUGCCUUAUAUUCUGGGUUAUGUGUUUAAGUGGCACUAGAUCUACCAUAGGUUCAAUGACUGCUAAUAAAUCAAAUGAAAAGCCAUGAAUAA